AUGGCAGGUCAGAGGAACAGUUAUGGAAAGCGCUCUCAUUCUCAGUCGGAUUACGCCGAUAACGGAGGAGGAGGAAACAAAAGGAGAAAUCCAGGUGAAGAAAGAGAGCAAUUCAUCAUCGAUGCGGAGGACACCGUGUAUCGGUACUUGUGCCCGGUGAAGAAGAUUGGUAGCAUAAUCGGGAGAGGAGGAGAGAUUGUGAAGCAGCUGAGGGUGGACACGAAAUCCAAGAUUAGAAUCGGCGAAACGGUGCCGGGUUGCGAGGAGCGAGUUGUUACUGUGUACAGCGCCAGCGACGAGACGAAUGGGUUUGAAGAUGGGGGUGCUUAUGUUGCUCCUGCUCAGGACGCGUUGUUCAGGGUCCAUGAGAGGGUCAUAGCUGAGGACCUGCAUAACGAUGAGGACGCGGACGGUGGAAGCCACCAUGUUAUUGCUCGGCUUCUUGUGCCGUCCGAUCAGAUUGGUUGCAUUAUUGGCAAAGGUGGGCAGAUAGUUCAGAACAUUCGUAGUGAAACGGGUGCCCAGAUUCGCAUUCUUAAGGACGACCAUUUGCCUGCUUGUGCCUUGAACUCGGAUGAGCUUGUACAGAUAUCUGGGGAGGCUCCUCUUGUUAAGAAGGCUCUUUUUCAAAUAGCAUCUCGCCUUCAUGAUAACCCAUCACGAUCUCAGCAUUUGCUUACAUCUGCGGUGCCUAUGUAUACUUCUGGUGGUUCACUCAUGGGUCCAUCUGGUGGUCCACCAAUAGUGGGAAUAGCUCCAUUGAUGGGUCCUUAUGGAGGGUAUAAAGGUGAUGUUGGAGACUGGUCACGCUCCUUGUACUCGGCUCCAAGAGAUGAUGCUUCUUCAAAAGAAUUUUCUAUUCGCUUGGUUUGUCCAACUGCUAAUAUUGGAGGUGUGAUUGGGAAGGGUGGUGUCAUAAUUAAUCAAAUCAGACAGGAUUCUGGGGCUGUCAUUAAAGUUGAUAGUUCAACAUCUGAAGGAGAUGAUUGCUUAAUUACUGUAUCAGCAAAGGAGUUCUUUGAAGACCCAUACUCGGCAACUGUCGAAGCAGCAGUGCGUUUGCAACCCAGAUGUAGCGAGAAAGUAGAAAGAGAUUCAGGAAUUAUCUCAUUCACAACCCGCCUUCUUGUUCCAACAUCACGAAUUGGCUGCUUAAUUGGUAAAGGAGGAGCGAUUGUAACUGAGAUGAGGAGAAUUACCAAAGCUAAUAUUCGCAUACUUUCUAAGGAAAGUCUGCCCAAAAUCGCAUCUGAAGAUGAUGAGAUGGUGCAGAUUUCUGGAGAUCUUGAUAUUGCUAAGGACGCUCUUAUACAAGUAGUUACCCGAUUAAGAGCAAACCUUUUUGACAGGGAAGGUGCAGGGUCUGCAUUCCUGCCAGUUUUGCCUUAUCUUCCUGUGUCAGCAGAAGGUUCAGAUGGUCCAAAUUAUGACAGUAGAGAUGGUAAAAGACAUGGGCGUGGGCAUUCUUACUCUGCUGGCUAUGGUGGCUCAAGUGAUUUUGCAACAAAUGACAGUUAUGGAAGUUAUGGUGGUUCACAGAUUGGUGGUAGCGGCAGCGCUUAUGGAGCCUAUGGAGCUUAUUCUUCCGGACGGAGUGGUAGUUCUGGGUUAUCUAGCCAGAACCCUGUUUCUCGGAGGAGAAACUAUGGUUACUAA